AUGGGUGAGCGUGGAGCUGGUGAAGAGAAUUCCGAAAUCUCGAUUCUUCUCCUACCUAGUACCUACAAUAUAGGUACCUCCUGUGACGACUUCAACCGUUCGCGACUUUUGUACGGAGAAGAGUCUAGGAGGGUUACAUCCGGGUAUCACAGGAUAUUCGCAGAUGAUAAUAUCCAAUCCAAUCCAAUCAAACCAAACAUCUACCACCAAUCCCAUAAUCUUCUUCGUCCUAUCCUAGAAUACACAUCGUAUUCUUGCCACUCCGAUGUAGCUAAAUAUGCCUCGCAAAUCAUAGCAUCAUGGAAUCCCAGAUCAUGA